AUCAAAAAACGUCAAAUAAUUUUUAAAGUAACCCACAACAUAGUCAUAGUUUAUUUUAAUCAUACGAAAACAUUUUCGUUCAGUUCAUAUCUUACAAAACGUAUGGAAGCACGUUUUCCUAAAACAAUUCCUACAAAAAGAAAUAAAUUAAGUGAAGUAAAAAAAAAUCAUUCUCUUUGUUCAACUUGGUGUUUAUAAAUUGCAUUUUUUAAUGAAAACACACAUUCUUCGACCUUGAAAAACACCUCCUCCUUUACGUUAACCUCUUUCUUCUCAAUUUGACAUGCGUAAGUUUGUUUUUUUCAUUGAAAGUGAGUGAACAACAAAAACAACACGAAGAGGCGUUCAAAAAGCGGUUACACGGCAUGAUUUUCAAUCGAAAUUUUCGUACCCCAAUUAAAUAAUUAUUAACUUCAAAAAUGCCUCAAACCCUCGCAAAAACAGCAUCGCAAAAAUACACAAACCCUUCGAUAUUAACUCCAACUACGGAUACAAGUUUAAAUUUAAGUUUAGAACCGCUUCAUCAAAUGGGUUGUGACCAAACCAACCUAUUAAUGAAUCGUUUGGAAUCACUUCCAUUACAUGAUCAGGACUCUUUAUUAAUUACCAGUAAUGAAUUGCCAUCAUUCCUUUUACUAAAUGAUAUUGAAAGACUGUGUGUGAAUUCCCCUGAAGAAUUUUUGGCCAGAUUAAAAAUUGAUGAGCCUACGAAAAAAGUUAAAGUCGUUUCGAUAUUUGGAAAUACAGGGGAUGGAAAAUCCCAUACGUUAAAUCAAGUGUUUUUUAAAGGAAAUGAAGUUUUUAAAACGAGUGCAUUACAAAAAUCGUGUACAAUGGGUGUUUGGGCUGCUUACGAUCCAAAUUUGGACGUGAUUUGUUUGGAUACGGAGGGAUUAUUAGGGAUCAGUCGUAAACAAAGUCAACGUACUCGGUUAUUAUUAAAAGUGUUGGCCGUUUCUGAUGUUGUUAUUUAUCGGACGAGAGCGGAACGGUUACCGACAGACAUGUACGCCUUUUUGGGGGGCGCUUCAAAAGCGUACAACGAGCAUUUUAAAACAGCAUUACAACAAGUUUGGCAAAAAUUCGAAAACGAACCAGUUCCAGCCGCUUUAGGACCCAGCUUAAUUAUUUUCCACGAGACUUUACACACUUGCACCUGGAAUUCUUGUCCGAGUGUUGAAGAAUCUCCAGAGGAUUUACUUCGUGCUGAGUUUGGCAAAUUAAAUUUAGAAUGCAACGCUUUUAGUCAAUUGAAAUAUGUGGGGAUUCAAACGAAGGAGCAACCCACUGAUUUUCGGGAAUUAAAAAAAUAUAUUCAGUUGGAUUUGGCUAAUAGUAGUGUGAGAUCCAAAAGAAAUGCUAAAGUUGUUUUUUUAACAUUAAAGGGUUUAAAUGAUAAAUUUAGCAGUGAAAUUAAAAACGUUCCACCCCAAUUACAUUUAAAAGACUAUUUUGCAUGUCAAGUGAAGUGCCAAUCUUGUAACGAAGGUUGUACUCUCUCAAUGGGGCAUAAAGAAGAAGGGGAACCCCAUUUAAACAGUAACAGAUGUAAAUUCCAACAUCAAUUUCAAAAUUGCGUUUAUCUUUGCAAGCAAUGUUCUAAAAAUGGACAAAGGAUUAUAGUAAAACCCAGCUAUCAAUCAGUAACAGAAAAAUCGUGGACUAAUCUUUUAAGUUAUGUUUGGUCGGGUUAUAUUAUUGAAUGUAGAAAUUGUGGCGAGAUUUAUCGAAGUAGACAACAUUGGUAUGGAAAUAAAAGCCCAGAAGAAGCAGCGGUGUUAGUUGAAUACGUUCAUGUUUGGCCUGGUGGAGAAUUUGUUUAUCAAGACAAAAACUUUGUUGGUUCAACAAAUUCCAUUCAAAAGGUGCUUGAUAGUGUUACAUAUUUAAGCGAUGUUGUUGCUAACGUUGGAUCACAACCUACAAAUGCGGUGAAAACUUUUUUCACAGAAACUAUUAAUCCUUCUUAUUGGAGACCUGAUAGAGAGAUUUUUGAAUGUAAUAAAUGUAAAACCCCAUUUCCACCAACAUCAAAAAAACAUCAUUGCAGAUCAUGCGGUGAAGGUUUUUGCGAAAAAUGUUCAUCAAAAACCCAACCGGUUCCAUCUCGAGGUUGGCGCGAUCCGGUUCGUGUUUGCGAUGUUUGUUACACUGAAAAUUUACCAAGUUUAAGUCAAACAAUUGAUGAUAACGAAGUGAAAAUACGAAAAUUUGGUGAAACUGUGAUCAGUUCCAUAUCUGCCGUUGCUUACGCUUUGGAAAUUCCAAAAGAUAUCAUAAAAGACACUGCGCGACCUAGUUAUUGGACACCCGAUUCGGAAUGUUUAUAUUGUUGGUGUUGCGAAAUGCCUUUUGGUCCAAUUGUACCUUUACAUCACUGCCGAGAAUGUGGUAAAGGAGUUUGCGAUGAUUGUUCGCAACGGAGAAAACGUGUUCCAUUUAGAGGUUGGGAUUAUCCGGUGCGCGUUUGUAAAAAAUGCGAUGAAUAAAAUCGCUUUCUCCCCGUUGAUAUUAUUAAUAUUGAGUGGUGACGACAUGACGAAGAAGAAAAGGGUUUAAUUUAAAUAAUUGGAUGUAAAAAAAAAUGAUUUAUCGUUAUAUUUUUCUCUUAAUAUAUGAGAAUUACGAGGGAAAGUAUAAAAUAAUUAAUAAUAAUGAUGUUUAAAUAAAAAAAGAAACAGGUUUUUUUAAAAAAGAAAACAGUAUUGUUACGAAUAGUUGAUAAGUAUUUUCAGUCUAUUUUAUACUUUUUAUAACCUCAAAAAUGUGUUUGUUUCGACAAAAAAUAACGUUUUAACGUUUUGAAGAAUGGAAGUGAUUGAUUAAAAAUUUAAUAUGAUUAUAAUUAUUA